AUGGCUAAUCUCCAAGACUUCGCUUUUCUUCUAUUAAUUAUCCUAGCCCUAGCCUCAUUAACAAUCUUUGUCCAAACCAUAAUAUUUUUCUGCAAACGUAAAACCAAGUCCCUUCUUCCUCUUCCACCAAGCCCACCGGCGCUUCCCAUCAUCGGCCAUCUUUACCUCCUCGGAAAACUCCCCCACCAAGCUCUCUGCAAGGUCUCGAACCGAUAUGGCUCGAUCGUCUUCCUCCGGUUCGGCUACAAGUCUUCUCUUCUCGUCUCCUCCGCGGAGAUAGCAAGAGAAUGCCUCAAAACCAACGAGUCUUGCUUCAUGAACCGUCCACAGAGGGCGAAUUUUGACUACCUAACCUACGGUGGUUCCGACUUCUCGGUGGCGCCGUAUGGACGCUACUGGAAGUUCAUGAGGAAGCUCACUGUGUCCAAGCUUCUUGGAGCUUCUAUCAUGGAGGUUUACCAAGCUAUCCGAAGGGAAGAGAUAAAGCAGUUAAUACAAACUAUACUGAAGGAAGCAGACGAAGGAAAGGAAAUCAAUGUCGGAGCUCAACUCAUGGGGUUGACAAACAAUAUCAUCUCAAGGAUGGCACUGAAACAAAAGUGCGCGAAAAACGAAGACGAAGCUUACGAGAUGAGGUAUGUUGUGGACGAGAUGUGUGACCUUGCUGGGAAGUUGAACUUGCAAGAUUUCAUUUGGUUUUGCAGGAAAUUUGAUUUGCAGAGGUUUGGGAAAAGGCUUAAAGAGGUAAGGGCUAGAUAUGAUAAUUUGAUGGAGAAGAUUAUUAAAGAUCAUGAAGAAGCAAAGAGGAGGAGAAUGGAAACACGUGGGGAUAAUGAUAAUGGAGAAGUUAAGGAUAUACUUGAUAUGCUGCUUGAUGUUUACGAAGAUGAGGAUUCGGAGAUCAAGUUGACUAAAGAAAAUAUCAACGCCUACGUUAUGAACAUCUUUGGUGCUGGGACCGAAACCCAAGCGGUGACAAUGGAAUGGGCACUAUCCGAGCUAAUAAGCCACCCAAACGCCAUGUCCAAAGCAAGGCAAGAAGUAGACCAAGUUGUAGGAAACAAUAGAAUGGUACAAGAAUCAGACAUCGCAAACCUUCCCUACAUAAAAGCUGUAGUGAAAGAAACCCUAAGACUUCAUCCUGGAGGGCCUUUCAUAGCCAGGGAAUCCUCUAAGGACUGCGAAAUAAAUGGCUACCAUGUCCCAGCCAAUACCCGGCUCUUCAUCAACACGUGGGCAAUCAACCGAGACCCGAACCAUUGGGAUGACCCGCACGAGUUCUCGCCGGAGAGGUUUCUCGACGAGGAUGGCAAUGAAAAGAGAGAUUUGGAUGUGAGGGGACACCACUUUCAGCUGUUGCCGUUUGGGAGUGGAAAUAGAGGGUGUCCAGGAGUUAAUCUCGCGCUAUUAGUCGUUCCGACGACGGUGGCGGCUUUGAUCCAUUGCUUUGAUUGGAAGGUUGGUGAGGAAGACAAUGGUGUUGUGGAUAUGGAAGAGAGGUUUGGAUUGUCACUUCCUAAGGCUAAGCCCUUGGUUUGUUUUCCUGUGGCCAGGCUCAACCCAUUCCCUCAAGUUUAA